AUGAUUGGAAAGAAUUGUUUAAUUAAGAAGUUUAAGACUUGGAGAAUACGAACAUAAAUAUUAGUAACUCAAUUAAUAACUAUGAUUGUAUCUGUUACUAUUUUGGGAAUGUGCUUAUUCCUUUAUUUUGAAGGAAUGUUUUCAGCCUUAUAAAAUGAAGCAGAGAAGAAAUUUAUGAUGAAUUUCAUCUAUCGUUAAACAAAUUCACAAUUAAAUGCUUAUACAAGAAAUCUCGAAUACAGAAUUCGAUAAGGAAUUUCAGCUAUAAGUCAUAUAAACCUAUUGAAUUAAUAAAUUUACUUAACAAACAUGAGUUUUGUAUAAAAUUCUGAGCGAUGUCUUUAGGAUUGGUAUUAAAAUGGAAGUUUUGUAUUGAAAUGCUAAUAUUGUUAUGGUAUUUUUGAUUGUUCGAAUGAAAUUAAAAAUCCAGAAUAAUAUAGAAAAGAAUUGCUUUAACUUUCUAAUUUACUUACUUCAUUAAUACCAAUUCAAAUAGGAUUAGACAUGUAUUUUACAUCAAUUACAAAAGAAUGUUAUUUUUCAACUUAUCCUGGUUAAGCUUUUGGAAAUUAUAAGCCAUCACAGAGACCAUGGUUUCAAAAUCAUAUUGCAAAAAGAAAUGAAUCAGAAUACAUAAUAUCAGAGCCUUAUGCAAAUUAUUUUGGAGGUGUUUACAUAUCUGGAACUACUAAUUUAUAUGAUGGUAAAAAUAAGGAAAAGAUAGGAAUUAUUGGUAUUGAUUUAAAUUUCUCAGAUAUUCACUAAUUAAUGCAGGAUGAUUAAUAAAUGUUAGCAAUUGAUAAAAAAGGAAGAAUUCUGUUAAGUAAGUUUUAUACAAUUAAUACAUCUGAAGUUUAUUAUUUAUCUAAUAAAAGUAUUUUUGGUUUUGAUUAAUCAGAUGUUAAUUUAAUCUUAAAUCAAUAUAUCUAAUAAACAAAUCAGAAGUGUGAGAUUUAAAUUCCUCAGACAAUAUGUAUUGAAAAUAAAAACACAGGUAUUUUGUGGUAUUUUAGAGCAAUGAGAAUGACAGGUGACUAUUAUACUUUAUCGAUGUUUAAUUAGUAAGCUUACUCUAAUUAUUUUUAAACAUUUAGUUCAACACUUUCUACAAUUUAUACUGAAAUCAUUACUCAUUUUUUAUUUGGUUUAUUUACCAUCAUAAUAUCAUGUUUUUUUAUUUAUUUCGGUUGUUUUUUAAUGCUUCAAAAACCAAUCGAUAAAAUGAUAAAUUGUUUCAAUAGAUAUUUACUUAAUGGUAAAUAAAUAAGCUAUCUUAUGUUACAAAUAAAUUAGUUCGAUUAAUUAGAUAAACUUAGUUAAGCUUUUAUCAGACUUAUGACCAGAUCUAUGUCUAAUAAGGAUAAUAGAAAGAGGAUUAUAGAUUAACAUAUGAGUGAAUCAAAAUACCCUAUAAACUAUUAUGUGAAUUCAAAAAUAAUGAAUACUGAUACUAAAUUACUUCUUAAAGUAAAUUUUUAAAUAUGAUCUUAAAGAACUCAGAGAUGAAUACUUAAAGAAACUAAAUGAUUGAUAAAUUCUUUCAACUAUAUAGAUUGGAGAAUUUACAGCAAAAAUCAUUUUGA